AUGUCUACAUACUGUAAGACCAACUCAGCAGGCAGGUGGAAAGUGGGGGUAUCCUGCCUCCUCACUCGGCGCCUUUAUACAAACUGCCUUGAUUAUUUCUUUUCUUUUUUUGGAGAUUGAAAAUGGAAUUGGCUUGGUUCUAAACUCUGAUAUCAGUCUAAGGGGUACUUCGCCAAUUCUCAGGCACGCUUGUCUCAUACGGUGAGAGUGAGGACGCAUCCGAAAUCAUCUGCAUCAUCGUGCAUACUGAAGAAGAAACAGCAAAAUACGGUCCUCGGACGCCAAAAUGAGUAAACCUGUGGUUCUCAGCAUUGGCGAUGUUCGCGAAGAAGCGAGAAAGAAUCUAGAUACUACUGCAACAGGUACGAGACGCGAUUUACCAUGUUCACUUUGUGGCUAGACCAUAAAAUUGAUGAGAAUCCCAACGCAAAUUCUGGUCAUUGUAUCCAAAGCUAAUCUUGUGUUAAAGACUUCUAUAACUCUGGUUCCACGGAUCAAAUCACCGUUCAUGAAAAUAGUACAGCAUUCGCAAAAUACCGUCUCCGACCACGAGUUCUACGGAAUGUCGCUGGGGCAGACACAAGUGUUACAGUAUUAGGCACUAAGAUUGCAUUUCCGCUAUCAGUUUCACCAGCUGGUCUUCAAGCAAUGGCACAUCCGGAAGGGGAGCUUGCCACGAGUCGGGCCUGUGCGAAGAAGGGACUCAUCAUGGGUGUCUCGUCAUUCUCAAACUACUCUGUGGAAGAGGUGACCAAAGCCGGUCACGAGGUUGCACCAAUCACGCACGCAAUGCAGGUUUACACCAUGAAAGACCGAGCACUUCAAGAACGUAUUAUCAAACGUGCAGAAGCAGCUGGAUGUGUAGCCAUUUUCCUCACUGCCGAUAGUCCCGUCUUAGGUGUUCGAUACAAUGAAUGGCGCAACGAUUUCCGCACCCCAGUUGGACUGGGAUUUCCUAUGCUUGAGAGAACCUCCGAGAUGAUUGUUGCAACUACCCACGAUGAUGGAUUCAUGACUCUAAACUCGGAUACGCAUUCGUGGGCUGAAGAGAUCCCAUGGCUGAGGAGUAAAACCAAGAUGCAGAUCUGGAUCAAGGGUGUUCUGACUGCAGAGGAUGUCUUACUUGCAAGGGAGUACAAGUGUGAUGGCGUGAUUGUGAGCAAUCACGGAGGCCGCCAGCUUGAUGGAGCGCCUGCUACUAUUGAUGCUCUGCCAGAGUGUGUUGCCGCUGCUGAGGGGGGAAUUCCUAUUCAUGUUGAUGGAGGAUUCCGAAGCGGCGCGGACAUUUUCAAAGCGAUCGCUCUUGGAGCAGAUUGUUGCUGGAUUGGUAGACCCGUGAUUUGGGGACUUGCUGUAAGUGUGAAUCGAAAACUUGGAUAGCACUUGAGAUAUGAGAGCUAAUAUUUGAUCUGAUAGUACGAUGGACAGGCUGGGCUGGAGAGAACUUUGGAUAUUCUCUAUGAUGAGUUUAGGCGGUGUAUGAUGUUGACAGGUUGUAAGACUGUUGCUGAUAUUUCAAAAGCCUUCAUUGGCAUUGUUCGUGCAGAUGGUCCGCUUGCACACUUGUAAUAUAAUUACUCCAGUGCUAUUGCAACGCAGCAACGAGUCCGACAACGAAAAAAUGUUCCUGUAUCUCGCAAAGUGUUUCUGUAAGCUAU